GGCGUGGCGGGGAGCAGCCCCCGUUGGUGUGAGGUUGCGGAGGAGUAAGGACAUGGCCUGGCGGAGCGGUUCUGCCCGGCUAUUGUACCCCGGUGGAGGUGCCCCACAUGGCAGGUGGACCCACACGCCCACCACCAUUCAGCAGCGCACCUCCCCUCACGUCUGCCCCAACAACAACAACAACAUCCGCAAGCCCUGGCUCGCAACAACGGCAGCGGCAGCACAACCGGCGGGGUGGGCGGUGGAUGGGGUGGCCUCAGCAGCGGUGGCGGCGGCCAUGCCGCCUCCUCCUCCUCCUCCUCCGGCUCCUCUCCCUGCUGCUGCCCGAGCCUCUCCCAUAAAGGGGCGGGCGGGGCUGUGUGGCGGAGGCGGUGGAGAUGCUGCGGAGCUGCAGAGGGCUUAGAUGCCUGGUCGGGUUGAGGACGGGAGUUGGCAGGGCUUCAGCAGCUGGCGCCCUACCUCCAGGGACAUUCGCCGGCUUGCCGCGGUGUAUAACCCCGAGGAGCCGUUACCGGGCCAUGAGGCCAAGUGGUGGGAGGUCGCUGAGCUCUACAAGGCAGACCUGUCCCGCAACUCCCUCACCUCCCUGCCAGCCGAGAUCGGCACGCUAGCCACACUCACGCACCUGGACGUCAGUCACAACCAGCUGGCAGAGCUGCCCAUGACGCUGUCGAUGCUCUCCUGCUUGAAGCUCUUGGACGUCUCCUCCAACAAGCUGCAGGAGCUCCCUCCCACCCUAGCCGCCCUGCCCGCCCUCGCCGUGCUGCACGCCGGCAAGAACGCCCUGCCGCGACUCCCCCCGGGCUGGGCGGCCGGCAGCAGCCCUCCCUGGCGCUGCUCACGGCGCCUGACAACCGGCUAGAGGAGCUGCCUCCUGGGCUGAGUGAGGCGGGCAGCUUGACAAGGCUGGACCUGGCGGGCAAUGCGCUAGUGGAGCUACCGGGGCUGAUCAUGCCGGGGCUGAGCUCCCUGGCCGAUCUGGACCUCUCCCGCAACCGGCUGCGCGGGCAGCUGCUGCGGGAGGUGGGGCUGCUGGUCCGCCUGCGCUCCCUCAACCUGCGGGACAACAAGCUGGCGGGGCUGCCGCCCAGCAUCGCGGGCUGUACGGCACUGGUGGAGCUCUACCUGGGUCGCAACCAGCUGUCCUGCCUGCCCCCCGAGCUGGGCCUGCUGGAGGCGCUGCGGACCCUGGAGCUGCGGGACAACAGGCUCACACAGCUGCCGGCAGAGCUGUGUGACCUGAGGCUGGGACUGCUGGACCUGGCCAACAACGACCUCAGAUCCCUGCCGGCGGAGCUGGGCUCCAUGACCAGCCUGCGCAGUCUGCCCCUGGACGGCAACCCGCUCCAGAGCAUCCGCAGGGAGCUGGUGGCAGGCCCCAUCUCCCAGUUGCUCAAGUACCUGGCCAGUCGGCAAGCUGACCCCGAUGCCGCAGCCGGGCCCCCCGCCGGUCCGCCGACCCGCUUGGGCGCCCUGCACUCCGCCUCCGCUGCCCGAUCAGGCAACGUAUUCGGUUUGGACGGCGCAGAAAUGGCGGCGGAAGCGGCGAGGAAGCUCAAGCUGGGUGGCGUGGCGGCGGCGGCCGCUGCCGCCGCUGGCGGUGGCGCCGCAGGCGCCGGCUACGGCAGAGGUGGCGGUGGUGGUGGAGGCGCCGGCGGCGGCGGCGGUGGAGGAGGGGAGUUACUGUUGGCACGUGCUGGGUUGCGUGAGGUGCCUGCGGAGGUGUGGGACGCGGGUCCCAGCCUGACGAGGCUAGACCUGAGCAGCAAUCAGAUUCCGGUGCUGCCGCCGCCGCCCGGGGGGCUGUGUCGGCUGCCCGGGCUGCGGUGCCUGCUGCUGAAUGGCAUGGGGCUGACUGCAUGGCCGCUGCCGGUGGGAGUGCCGGGGGCACUGCCAGCGUUGACAGAGCUGCAGGUUCGCAACAACCCGGCGUUACGGCAGCUGCCGCCCAACCCGUUCGCCGCAUGCCCGGGGCUUGUACGCCUGGAGUUGGCAGGUGCACCCGCUGCCGGCGCUCUGACUCCGGGCUGCUUCGCCGGCCUGCCAGCGCUUGAGACGGGUCUGCCCGCCUUCCCCGUCGAGCUGCUGCAGCUGCCGCGGCUGCGGGUGCUGCUGCUGGCGUCCAACCGACUGGAGCAGCUGCCACCCGAGGUGGCCAACAUGACAAGGCUUGAGGAGCUCCACCUGUGCAACAACAGCCUGGCCUCGCUGCCCCCGCAGCUGGGCCUGCUGGGCUCCUCGCUGCGCUCGCUGGGGCUGGAGGGCAACCCGCUGCGCACGCUGCGGCGACCCAUCCUGGAGCGAGGCACGGCGGCGGUGCUGGCUUACCUCAAGGACCGCAUACCGGCGACGUAGUGCAAUGACAGGAGAGGGAUGUGGUAAUGACGGCGACGGUGGUGCAGGUGGUGGGAUGUGGAUGGUGGUUAAAUGGUUUUGGCAGUGUUGGGGCACGGCAUGCAGCGGGGGUUUCACUGAGUGGGGUAUGGGUGAGUGAUGGUGUAGCUUGUGUAUUGCAUGUUUAUGCAAAAAGAGGAUUGGGCGGGGGUGGAGUUUAAGGGCUUGGUUUGGCGAUGGAGGGCUUUGGGGCGUGCGGCUGGUUGUACGUAGGGUGCAAGGGGUGUUGGG